UUCUCCGGUUUUGCUCCCUUCACGAAAUUGUUCCCCAACGAACAAACGCGAACAAGGUCUUUGCGUCGUCGGUUCUAGAAGUUUCCAUCGCUUGCUAACAGUUGUUCCCUAGCUUGCACCGAAGAUGGCAGAAUCAAUUUGUAGGUCACUAAGAGAUGGUGCAUUAGAGGGAGAGCUCGCUCCUUCUCUCACAAUCAAGGACUCUCUCGCUUCACCUUUUGGAUUCCAUGUAUUCUCUCACAUUCUACUUCAACUCUCCUCACACGUCAUCGCCCGAAAAUCUCAGUCACAUGCUAUUGUGAUCGUUGCACUUUCUCGGAAUCCAUCGUCUUAUACUGAUUUGUUAAAGAUGAAGGGAGUGGAUGUUGCAUCUUCUAAGAAUUGGAUUCACGUUUUGGAUUGUUAUACGGAUCCUCUUGGUUGGAAGGAUAAGAUGAGGAAAUCUGGAAAUGUUACGGAUCCUUCUCCCCAAACUUCAGUUUCUACUAGUUCUUAUAAAACCGUGAAGGAUUUGGAUAAGUUGUUUUCGGUAAUUACGGAACUGGGCAGAGGAUUGGUUGGAGAAAAUAAAGCCCGCUUCUGUGUUGCCAUAGACUCGCUAAGUGAACUGUUGAGACAUGCAUCUCUGCAGUCAGUUGCAGGCCUUGUAAGCAAUCUGCGUAGCCAUGAUCAAAUUUCAAGUAUUUUUGGGUUAUUGCAUUCUGACCUUCAUGAAGAGAGGGCAGCAGCUGUUUUUGAGUACAUGUCCUCCAUAGUGGCCAGUGUAGACCCAUUUCAUCAUUCUGCUGAUGGUCAGAGAGGAUAUUUAGAGAACUCCUUUUCUGAACAAAACUUUACCAAGGGAAAAUUUAAUGUUAGGUUCAAACGUAGAAAUGGGCGAGUUAGAGUGACGGGUGAAGAAUUUAAAGUUGAGCUUGGAGAAAUCAGUUUUGCACCAGUUUCAUCAGUGGAUGGAACGACCAUUGCAGGCCUACUGCCAAAGGUACAAUUCAAUCUCCAGCUGUCAGAGAAGGAGAAAAUUGAUAGGGCAAAGGUUGUACUUCCUUUCGAACACCAAGGAAAUGGUAGACCGAUACAAAUUUACGAUGGUAGAAGAUCAGCUGAAGAGAGCAGCAAUGAGACACCACCCAUUUCAAGUGGUAAAAAGGAGGAUUCUGCCAUGGGUGAGAUUAUAUAUUUUCGUGAUUCAGAUGAUGAGAUGCCAGAUUCUGAUGAAGACCCAGAUGAUGAUUUAGAUAUAUAGUAUACUCUUGUUUGCAUCUUUUGUAUCCCAUGGUGACAUUAAGGGUAGAAUAGGUUUGUGACUAAAAAAAUGAUUAAAAAAAUGCCGAUAUUGUUUAAUUGUUCAGAAGUGAAAUGCACAGGAUGUGUCACAUUCCAACAUGUUGUACAGCCUAAGCCUACAAAGGAACGUGAAUUGGUUUUGAUGAUUUUGUGAACGUUUCUUCCUCGUGCUCAGGCUUUACCAACGGUGUAUUCUUGCAAGGAAAGCUACACCUCAUGGGUGAAAAGCUCUCCUUAUUUAUUCACCAUAUCAACAGGGUAACAUUCUUUGAACCAUUCUAUGCAUAGAGGGAAUUCAGAUCCUGCUGGUUAAAAUUUGUCCAAAUGUGGAACGCAAAGUGUUUCAUGUUUCGUUCUUCUUUCCUCUUGUCCUUUUAGGCUGAGGGUUGGUGCUUAAACUUCAUCCCAAUAACUUUAUCGGGAUUUAUAAAUGGAAGUACCUAAUAUGUAAUA